AUUUUAGACAUUGUGCAUAGUUCACUCACGCGAAGCUAUUUGAUUACUAUGAGAAUUUGUAGUUUCUCAUACUGAAUUAAUUCAAUUUAGUCCGUACAAAUAACUUUUUUAUCUAGAGUUUAUUCGUAUAUAUUAAUAGUAGUCAGAAAAACUGGUGUCUCUUAGAAGCAAUCGUUUAAUAAAAAUGUCAUAUGUUUCUGAAACAAUUCAAUGGCCGUAUUCGAGUGUCAAUAAUAAGAGUUUUGUUGUUCCGGAACUAUAAAUUGACAUGUUUUCAUCAAGGAAUGUGAUAAUGAAUAGUUUUCAAUGGCGCAAAUGGUUCCUUUUUUUGAUUUUCGCCGUGUACCGGAGGUUGGAUACCGUCGAUGGUUUGAAGUGUUAUUGCAACAGUGAAAGAUGUCCAAACUCAACAUGUGAGACUGAUGGCUUCUGCUUCGCCUCUACAAGCUUGGAGAACAAAGUGCAGAAGUUUACCUACCAUUGUAUCGAGCUCAAAUCACUGAUACCCAUCGAGCAUCCCUUCAGUUGCUCCACGACGAAAACUAAAAAUGAAUCAGUGGUGAUAAAAUGUUGUAAGUCACAUGACAUGUGCAAUGAAGGCCUGCGCCUGGACCUGCAACCGAAGCCAGAGACGGGCACCACUGCGACGGCAUGGAAAGUAUUGCCAUGGGUGAUGGGGUUGGUGGUUCUCGGUGUGUGCGCCGCAAUUAGCUUCUGGUGGGCGAAGCGCUCGCACGGGCCCAAGAAGAGGGUCCCGUCUCGGACUCCGUACCCGACGGACGACUCGGUCUGUGAGACCAGGCACCCCAUGAUGCGCACCACCACCAUACGAGACAUGAUCGAGCUCACCACCUCCGGCUCCGGAUCAGGGCUGCCACUUCUAGUGCAGCGUUCAAUCGCUCGCCAGAUCCAGCUAGUUGACAUCAUCGGCAAGGGGCGCUUCGGAGAAGUAUGGCGUGGUCGCUGGCGCGGUGAGAAUGUCGCCGUCAAAAUAUUCUCGUCCCGCGAAGAGUCCUCCUGGUUCCGCGAAGCCGAAAUCUACCAGACGGUCAUGUUGCGUCACGAGAAUAUCCUUGGCUUCAUCGCAGCUGAUAACAAGGAUAACGGCACGUGGACCCAGCUGUGGCUGAUCACGGACUACCAUGAGAACGGUUCGCUGUUCGACUUCCUGAGCGCGCGAACCAUAGACUCCAUCACUCUUGUCAAGAUGUCUCUAUCCAUCGCCACUGGACUCGCCCACCUGCACAUGGACAUCGUCGGCACUAAAGGCAAGCCGGCGAUAGCCCACAGGGACUUGAAAUCUAAGAACAUUCUGGUGAAGUCCAACCUCACCUGCGUGAUCGGUGACUUGGGCUUAGCUGUCCGUCAUAACGUCGCCAGCGACUCGGUUGACGUGCCCACCACUAACCGAGUUGGUACCAAGCGCUACAUGGCUCCCGAGGUGUUGGAUGAAACAAUGGACACUCGGCAGUUUGACCCCUACAAGCGUUCAGACGUAUACUCGUUCGGUCUCGUGCUGUGGGAGAUGGCUCGUCGUUGUGGCGUCAUGCCCGAUGAAUACCAACCUCCUUACUAUGACUGCGUGCCUCCCGAUCCCGCUCUCGAAGAUAUGCGACGGGUUGUCUGCACCGAAAAACGGAGGCCUAACGUCCCCAACAGAUGGCAUUCAGAUCACGUGCUGUCGUCGAUAUCGAAGGUGAUGAAGGAGUGCUGGUAUCAGAACCCCGCCGCGCGUCUCACCGCACUCCGCAUCAAGAAGACACUCGCCAACAUCGGCACUCCCGACUACAUCAAGCUGUAAGUCUGAAGCCAACUGAAAGCCUUAUUUCAUUGACCUCAUUCAUCUCCAACCGCCUUCGAUCGAACAGAAGCCGAUACCGACCUCAGCUAACGAUAUAUCGCUUGUCAAUUCGAUUGCUGCUCACUCUCAUUCUUGUAAUCGAUGACGUGCUGUUUUCACUUCAUGCUUCAACGAAGAUUUACUUCAGGUGUGCAGUACGGUUAGUUUAAGUAUUGUGUAAUGUCAUUGAUCGUAUCCAGUUUGUCUUUCACCGCAAUAUUGUAUAUUAUAUGUAUGUUCACAUGAUUGUACAAUGUUUAGGGAAGUCGAGCUGGAUGAAAUAAGGGUUUGAUACUUGGACCUUGCGUCGUUACUGAACGGACUAGAUUUUCAAGCCACGUGCAUGACUCCUGACCCCUACCUCUUAGAAUAUAUUUGUGUAAUAUCUUGAAGGAGCAUUUAUUUAAUAUUAUCAUAUUAUGGAUUUGAAGUUGUAGUGAUAUUUUUUCGUUACCAACUACGUAAGUUUAACUUUUGUUAAGUGUUCCGAUUUCGUUUAAUGUGCAUAAUAAAAAUAUAUAAACAGUACUUUUAUUUUUGUAAACUAUAUUUUCUGUGAUAUGAAAUUAAAUCGCAGCUAUCGUUAUAAGUUUAAUUUGUGUUUGUUUAUUACUAUAAUCAUUAUAGGUGUAUAGAUGUAAGUGCGACUGCCGCUGUCGCGUUCGGACUAUGUAUAUUUGAAAGCAUUUUGUUUUAAGUAUAAGGUAUGUAAUAAUUUGUUGUAUAGAGAUGAGAUAGCAGUGCAAUAGUGUGCGAUGCGCAGCUCGUGACUAGGGAACCGGGGUGAGUGUGCGACUGUGAGAUGCGCUGCUCCGGGCGGGACACGAGAGCUCACUCGGUGGCUGAUCACUCGUCAGCGGAUGUCGCCGUCGUACACACAAGGCCGUAGCUAAGAGGGCCAGCGCCUCGACGCUAAUCUUCCGUUAAACAAUAACAAGCUAUCUAAGACUAAUUCAUGGAAACAGUGAUUCAUUUGUGGUUGUGAAUUAUAAAUCUAUUUUUUAUCAAUAUAACAAUAAUAACAAAAUUACUAAAAUGUACUUAAGUAUUUAAAAAUAAAUGUAAUAUCCGACACACUCCCUUAUAUUUUGUAAGAGACUUCUUCUGGCUACGGUCUUGGACUCACAUCCUCCUGAAACGAGCACUGGAACUGCAAUUGCGAAUUAAAAUAAGGUUUAGCAUGUGCGGCGCGUUUACGUGAAAUAUGUAAACCGCACACCGUCGCAUCAUAUACUUUGUGUUAGAUUUACUGAAAUAUUACUUAGUGAUGUUUCACAAGAACGCGUGCUCGGAGAGUAACUGAUGAAAGAAUGAGUUUUAAAUAAUAUUGAUACAUCACAAAAGCACCUAUUUUCUUACUUAUUCCGAAAUUGGAAUUCUUGAAGUUUAAGAUAUUUAGAAUUUGUAUAUAAUGAACGGUGUUUACACACUAUAACGACCUAUUCUAAUAUGCGUAAGGACUUUGAUAAGUAAGCAUGUAGAUUUCAUACUUUUAUGUAAAGUUAUAAUUGUAGAAUAACUAUUUUAUUUAUUGUGUUUUAUUUAGAGUAGUCUACCGCCAGUGAAAGAACGCGACAAAGUACUUCUAAUUUCGAUUACGUACAAAUAUAUGUUUGUUGUUUAUAAAAAUAAAAUUAUCUUUGGGAAAAUAUUCAUGUGCGCAUUGUAUACCUAUUAAGGUUAAGUUGUUAAACAUUUGAUAAUAUAUAUUCCUCGUGUAAGUAUGUGUAACAGUCAACUGAAAUUCGUCGACAAGUAAAACUUAGAGACUGAAUCUAGCUCCAAAAAAUUUUAGACAUCAUUGCCUUUUGGUGACCUCAUCUCAUAGUAAUUCGGUGUUUAUACAAAUAGGCCAUGCUUCGAAUUCAUUUCAAUAUCGUCCAAUUUAUCUAAACUCGAUUAUUUGACGUCGUCCACUGUCAAGUAUGUACAUUCGAUAAGUUCAUAGAAGCGAAGUGGCUCUUAAUAAUAGCAUUUUAAAGAUCGAUCGAUCAUAUUUUUUUUACUUUUUUUAGAUUUUAAUGCUGCAGCUGUAGGCUAGCCAUUUUACACGUGCCUGCGAAGUGCGAAGCAACGACUUAUAUCGACAGUGAUUUUAAAUGUAAUAAAGUACUUUAAAUAGUUCGUCCCAAUCUGCCACUUUGCGUUGUAUCAAAAGGUCGAGUUUUGUUGAAUUCCGUAAUGUGACUAACAAGUCUUACUUUACUUAGUUGAGGCUCCAUUAUCAUAUAUGCAAUAUUCCAUUAUACUAAGUUUUCUAGUUAAAGUGAUUGUAAUAAAUAGAUACCUACAUAGUAAUACUUAUAAAA